GACAUUCCACGUCUGCGACAAAAUAUAUAGACCUUCUGUCGCGGGAAUUUGGAUUUAAGUGACUCCGCGCGUGUGUGUGCCGACAUCCUUGGAUAUAAUUUAUUUUUGCUUGGUCUUGGUCUUACUGUUGGUGAUCUUGGUCUCGGUUGGCUGUAGCACCUCGUGUGCGGGUUGUUCACACGGAACUCUCGUGACGACGGGGUUAAUCCUUUGGACACAAGCAACGCGACGUCGUUGAUCCCGCCACCGUUGACCUCGCGCAACGCGGCUACAGCAUCUGGCUGGUGGCUGGCUGGUUGGCAGGCGAGAAUACCACGCAGCCAGCUCUGAGGGAUUGGAGUAGAGGGAGAUCGAUGCCUCGAAGACUCCUACUGCCUAGUUGAAGAGAAUCCACCACUCGCUCUCGCGUCAAUCUGUCAGGCGUUGAGCGCCAAUUCACAUCUAAACAUCUAAGUGUGAUAAUGAUCCGUUGGAAAAUAAUGCCGCCUAUUUUUAAAAACAUUAUUAGUACAAAUAAUAACAAUAAUAAUAAUAAUAAUCAUUAUCAUCAUAAAAUAAUUAACACUGCAAUAAAAACAAUAAUUAUUACAUCAAAAACAACAACAAUAACUGUUAUUAUUUAGUUUUGGCGGGUUAAUUUAAUAAAAUGCCGGUAACAACAAGUCUUACCCGCGUGUUGUAACACCAGAAAACGUGAUAAUAAUUUUAAAUUAUUUAAACAGGAUAUUAAAAACAAACAAAGAUAAUAAAUAAUAAUAAUAAUAUCGUACAGUGGCCAAUUUCCUCGUAUCUUCCAUUGAUAAAAAGUGUUCACGGAUACGGACGUUGGAAACUGUAUACGCACUUCCUGUGUUAACGAACAACAAUAAUAAUAAACAACAGAUAAAACAAAACAAUAACAAAGAAAUACCAAGAGCAAGUUUAAGGUUUAUUAUAAAAAUAAAUAAUAAUUGAAGAUAAAGUUUGUUGUUGUAAUACAAGAAAGAUGGAUUGUUGUAAUUACGUGCAACCGUAUCACCCUGGACACGGUCAUUUUUAUCAGCAACAGCAUUUUUGUUAUGACAACAUGAACAUGAACGGGUACGCGACAACGUCGACGGCCUAUGCCACAGCUCCGAUUUCCGAUUCGAUCGAAGCUAAUGCCCGAUACGCCAGACUCCAGGCUGCCUAUCCGACAGACUACGUGUACAAUCCAAAGGAGGCAAGAAUUCGAAAAGCGAUGCGUGAGCAGUGUCGUGAAUUGUCGCGGCAAUCUAUUCUUCAGAGUACAGUUACGGCGACGAACGGCGAUGCCUCGGCAACUGGUGCAAAUAGUACUAAUGGAAAUGUUGAAAACAUUGCUGGAGAACGUGGAGGUCCAGGAGCUGGAGGAAGAGGAGGAACACCAGCAGGAACAGGGGGGAGAGGGGGAAGUAGAAGUGGAAGCGCGGGAGGAAGAGCCAGUGACGGCGGUGAGAUUAGGACGGGUAAUUUUCUAAGUCAUCCAACGUCUUAUGCGUCACCGGCACCUGCAGCCACCAGCUCUUCGUUGCCUUCAACUUCAGGUUACGACAGCAGGAUCAUCAACCCCUGGUUCCCGGUCGGUCACACGCCACCUGCUAAUCACCCAAUACACUCGCAUCGGGUCAUGCAGGCCCACCAGCGAACGUUCGAUAAGAGCGAAGAGGUUUUGAGAAAGCGAGCCAAGUGCGCCGGUGCUUUUUCCGCAGCCUCCGCCGCGGCGGCGUCGAGUUACCCCGGUGAUUUUACUGUUCACGGAGCGCCCACGCAAGCGGCUAGCGGCACGAGUGUCGGUGGCCUCGAGAGCAACGAUUAUCGUGGUGGUGGCGGCAACGUUAGCGGUAUCGGGGAAUUCUCCGAUGCCCAGAAGUGGCAUCCUUACCAAAAUGCUGCUGCUGCUCAUCAUCAUCCCAGGAUACCACUGACUAGAAUGACAAGUCGUCAUCCUAUACAGAAUAUCAAUCCACAAAAUCAUGGACCCUGGAAUCAACAAUAUUUCGGACUUCCAUUGUAUCCUAUGGCUACUCAGAACCAGAUGGUUCGCAGCCCGAGGCACGUGGUCUUCGUUCAAAACCAACAAGAACGACACAGUGCUGGAUAUCCUGAUGAAAUGCCGAUGAAUUAUAUGACUAAUAGAAUAGAGACUAGUCACCGAUUGCAGCCUAGUUAUAGCCAAAAUAAUUACCAAGAAACUGAAAAAUGCAUCGAAGACGCACCGAGGUGGGAACAACCGUCGACUUCUGCCGAGCCGCCGAUAGCCAACUUAGUGACGUCUCCUCGCGAACCCGAGCGAGUUAGAGAAACGCAACCGCCGAAAAAAGAAGAAACUACCAAAGAGUAUCAGAAGAACGUUGAACCCCAACCAAGAACUCAAAGUAACCAACGUCUGCCGGGUUUCCCUCAAGCAUUUGGUUCAACAGAGAUCGGGAGAUUCUCAAGAACUCAUAAUUUCGCAGACAUGGUGGUCCCCGACAAUAACGUCAGCGACGGGAGUAUUUGUAGCAGCAGUGGAUCUGGAAUUGUUCCUGGUAAUAGUAACGGAAAUUACGUAACAUUUCUGGAAGUACCGCGAGUAAACUGUGACUGCAUCCCUCAUUCAAAUCCAAUACAAGUGUCUCAAAAUUUUUCAACACCGACUUCAACAGAGCGGCCGACUUUUAUAUAUCACGAUACUCAAGUUCCAGGAGGAUUGAGACAAGCCAAUCAAUCACCCGAGAAAAAAUCUUCCGGUAGUGACAGUAGCAAUUUAAGUGCCAACAGUUUGACUUAUUCAGCUUCCACAGAAUUGAAGCCCGUUAUAAAUAAAAGUGCUGAAGUCGGACUAAAAGAAACUCAAGUGAAAGAAGAAAAUGAUAAUGAUGACGAUGAAGAAGAAGACCAAGACGAAGAUGAAGACGAAGACGAAGACGAAAAUGUCGAAGACGAAGAUGAAGAAGAAGAUGACGAUGAAGAUUAGCAAGAAUAUUCAAUUAAUAUUAAAACUUAAUUUUAUUUUAUUUAUUAUUUUCCUCAUUUUAAAAUAAUAUUUACUUUUAUUGCAUUAUAUUUGUUCCAUUAAAAAUAAAAAUAGUUAUUUUAUUUUAUUGUCUCCAAUACAAACGUUACUUUGAAUUUUUUUAUUUUGUUUCUAAAAAGUUUGUGAUUUAAAAUAAAAGCCGACGGCCGAGUCAUCGGCCACAAGGAAAAGACGAUAGAGGAUUUUAUAUGAUACGGCGGCAUACUUCAAAUAGAAUAGACAGUAUAAAUGAAAAGUUGGUUAUAGUGCCCACCCAUUAUCAUUUAGAAUUACAAUCAUCAACGACAUUAUCAUCAGCAUCGAAAUAUACAACUGUUAGCUCCAGCGACGUCUUAAUAUAUAUCAGUUAUCUCUGUUUAAUACAUAAAAAUAUAAUAUUAUACAUUGAAAAAGAAGACCGCCGUGGGUCGGUCAGGUGUUGUAAAAUUUUACUCGGGCACUGCGUAACAUUAAACACUGAUUAACCCAAGAAUUUUUAUUAUACAAGCCGAAAACCCACCGUAUGCAUACACAAUAUUGUGACGGGUUUAUUUUUUCUAUCUAUGCACAGAUAAAAUUUUUUUAUGUUUACUUUGAAAAUUAACAUUUUAAUAUUUACCAUACAACAGUAAUAAUAUAUUUUUAUAUUUUUCGAAUUUUUAAAUUUAAAAAAAACUAUCAAGUAUUUUUUCGUUAAUUUUUUUUGUUUAAUAAUUCGUGGAAAGUUUGUAAUAUCACUGCGAUUUCGUAAAAUUUCUAAAUUACAUGAACAAAUAUGAGGGUACAGUUAAAAAAAAAAAUAAAUAAAUAAAUAAAAAAUAAUUUUAACCAACUGGUCACGGCCAGUCAAACAUCUAAAAGAUACUUUACUUAUACUUAAAUUUAAUAUUCUGUAUGUUGAUUUUUUUCAUUUAUUUCCUAAAUUUUUUUUAAUUCACUUUUUUACUUCACACUUUUGUAUUUUUUUAAA